ACCUCGUCGGGCCGAACACUGGCUGUACUCCUUUGGCGUCGCAGUGAUGCUUUAACUGAUGCGUUUGGUCCGAUCUUCUCACAGUUCUCGGCUCCGCUGUUGUCGUUUUUUGUUAUGGCAACCGCUGGAGUUGUCGCCUCCCCUUGGACCAAUGGGCGCGCCCUACUUGAUUACAUGCUGCCUUCAGUGGUGGUGCUGAGUGGUGGCGAAGUCACCUAG